AUGUCAUAUGAAAUAGUCCCUGUUUUUCAUCAUGGGGGUUCGUUUGAAAGGGAUGAAGAUGGUGCAUUGUUCUACCGUGAUGGAAGUGUUGAGACAUUUCCUCCGUUAGACAUAGAUUAUGUUAAUUUCAAGGAUUUGGAGGAAAUGUUCAAGGGUUUGGGGUAUACAAGUUACAAACAAAUGUAUUGGUAUGAUGGCAGUUCCCUUGAUUUAGAGUCUGGGUUGCAUGUUCUGAAAGGGAAUAAGGAAAUCAAUGAAAUGUGUGAUAAAAAGAUGGAGAAUGUGGAGUCGGAUUUGUUGGUUAUUUACUUUGAGCAUGAUGUUAGUCAACCAGAAUAUGGCCCUGAUGUUGUUGAGGUAGAUUCACCUUCUUCCAAUGACGGAUAUGAAACAACCGAAGAUGAACCCUACAAACCCCCUCCAACUGGAUUAGAAUCUGAUAUUAGUAGUAGUGAUGAGGAAGUAAAUGUACAGAGGAAGAGUAUGAGGAAGAAGCAGCCUAGUGUGAGGAUGAAAGAGGCAAUGGAUGCUGGACAAAAGGGUGCUAGGAAGAAGAGUUGUGUUAGACAACAGACACCUAAGAAGAAGAAGAAUGUGCCAGCUGGUAUUUUUGGUGAUAAGAAAAUGUCUCCUAGGACUAAGAAGAAGAAGGCUAAGAGGUAUGUUGGAAGAAAAAGAAAACAUGUUCUAUCCCAACAAGAAACAGACAAUGAGCCAAACAGUGGGCCUAGUGGAGAUCAAGGUAAUGGGCCAGGUGAUGUUGACCCAAAUGGUGAGGCAAGGGAUAAGCCCAAUUCAGAUCCAGUGGCUGAGGAGUUGGACUCAGACCUGGAAAAGCCAUAUGAAUAUGAGUCUGAGGCAUUUAACUCCCCAAUUUCUGACUCAGAUGAGGAGCAUAAGGCAAGAUAUCCUGAUUUUAAUGAGGAUGCAGAGUAUGGUGAAGUUCAGUUUCAGGUUGGACAACACUUUGAGACCAUGGCAAUGUUCAAGCAAGCACUUAAGGAUUACUUUGUAUAUGAGGGAAAAGAGCUUAUGUAUUUGAAGAAUGAGCCAAAGAGGAUUAGAGCAAGGUGUGCUGAGGAGGGUUGUCCAUGGCUGGUGUUUUGCUCUCAUAAUAGUCAGAGUCUCAGUUUUCAAAUAAAGACAUUCAUUGGAGAGCAUAACUGUGGUAGGAAUUUGAGCAGCAAUAUGGCUGAUAGAUCUUGGGUGACAAGUAAGCUGGUAAAAAGGUUGGUAACUCAACCUCUGAUGACUCCGAAAGAGGCACUAGAGCACAUGAAGCAGGACUAUAAUGUCCAUAUAAAUUAUAGGAUGAUAUACAGAGCCUUGAAAGCUGCUAGAGAGCAAGUAAUUGGAAAGGAGCGAGAACAAUAUGGAAAGCUGCAUGACUACUUAAAUGAAAUUCACAAAAGCAAUCCUGGAUCCACUGGUAUGGUUGAUGUCAUUCCUCAACCGGAGGGUCGUCCACUCUUCAAUAGGUUGUACAUUUCACUGGAUGCAUGCAAGAAAGGCUUCAAGGCGGGCUGUCGCCCUCUGAUUGGAUUGGACGGAUGCUUCUUAAAAGGGUACUUCGGAGGGCAUCUGUUGUCAGCUGUGGGGCAGGAUGCCAAUAAUAGUUUCUUUGUUAUAGCUUUUGCUGUAGUUGAAGCUGAGAACACUGAUUCUUGGAAAUGGUUUCUUUCAAUCCUGCAUGAUGAUCUUGGUUCUGUGGCUGCCAAUGGGUGGAACUUCAUGUCUGACCAGCAGAAGGGUUUGGCUAAGGCAUUGCAUGAGGUAAUGCCACAAGCCCAUCAUAGGAAUUGUGUCUUACAUAUAUGGAAAAAUUUCAUCAAGCACUUUAAGGAUAAGCACACAAAAGGGCUGGUUUGGAAGGCUGCCAAGAGCACAACAAUGAGGGAAUUCAAAGACUCAAUAGAACUUGUGAAGAAGGUGAACACAACUGCUUGGGAGUAUCUACAGAAGUUUGAUCCUGGUUCAUGGACAAAGGCUUACUUUAGCCAUGGCCCGAAGUGUGACAACAUCACCAAUAACAUGUGCGAAGUUUGGAAUGCCAAGAUCGUGGAGUAUAGAGAGAAACCGAUUUUAACUAUGUGCGAGGAGCUUCGAAGUUACAUAAUGCGAAAGAUGGCAGGGCACAAGCACAGAAUCAGCAAAUGCAAGGGUAAAUUGGCUCCAGUUCAACAACUAAGGCUGGAUGAGUACAUCAUUCCUGAGAGCAAUAAGUGGACAGCAGAGUGGGCUGGAGAUGAGGCAAGGGUAUUGUUUGAAGUUCAGAGGUACCAGACCAGAGUGGCUGUCAAUUUACAAAGACAUACAUGUGCCUGCAACGUUUGGCAACUGACAGGGUUGCCUUGCAAGCAUGCAGUAGCUGCUAUCUCUAGGUUAAGGAAACAAGGGCUGAAACCAGAGGAUUUUACACAUAAAUGGCUUACAAUGGAUGCUGUUCGGGCUACUUAUGGGGACUCCAUUAAACCAGUGAAUUCUGAGGAGUUUUGGGAAGAAACAAACAGGCUGCGUCCAGAGGCACCAAUCAUUAGGAGACCCCCAGGGAGACCAACCAAAAGAAGGGCUGUUGAUGUCGUGGCUGAGUCACAAAUGCAGCAGCAAGGUCACAAGGUGAGGAAGUCAUUCCAAGUCACGUGCAGCAAAUGUGGGCAAAAGGGACACUACCACAUGACUUGCAAAGGAGCUCCUGCAAAUCCGAAUUGGCAGCCAAAACGAAAGAAGGCAAAGCAACAACAAACUGGAAACCAAUCAUCACAGCCACCUCCAGAUCAGCAGGAAGCACAGGCCGGGGAAGGAGUUGGAAGCAAUGUUCCCCAAAAUGUUACUGCCCCAUCUAUUGAUCCAGUGGGUAAAGCAAAAAGGCAAAAGAAAAAAAGCCCCUAAGACCUCUAACACUCAUUCAGUCCAACAAGAGACAAGGGUUGACACUCAAUCUUCACACCCUGCCCAACCACCACUAGAGGGUGUGGACUCCAAUACUGAGCCCUCAAACCCUGCUACCCCAACUACACUCCCCCAGGGGCCAAAUUUUAGGCCCAAGCAAGCUAUAACUCGACCUCCAAGACCUACAGUGCACCACUCUCAACAGCAGGCCACAGCCCCAACAGUUCAGCCACCUCUACAGCAAGCAACAACCACAAACUCACAACCAUCAACUCAGCAACAACUUCCAUGUGAAGGAGCAACUGACUCAGGGACUGCCACAACUCCCUUCAUGUUUAUCCCCACACUAGGCCUAAAUGCACCCCACAAAUUCAAGCCAACAUAUGGGUUUAGGCCACCAAGGAUUCAGAAAUGACAUAAUCCUAGUGUUAGUUAUGAAUAUUUUGGUGUAUAGUUUUUUGGUUGUCAAGUUUUUUGGUGUAAACUUUUUUGGUUGUCAAGUUAUUAGAAGUAAUACACUGAACAAUGUGGAACAUGUUCUCUGUUUUGUGAAGACAGACCUUUGAUGAUGAAUUUGGCUCACUAUGUAAAUGCCUUUGUGCUUAGCAGUAUGAAUAUGAACAUUAUGCUUUUACCUUAUACAGAAUUGUGCACAGCUAUCUUGGGUUCAGUCUUUACAUUAUAACAAAGAAAAAUUCACAUUCAUU